UUUUUUUAUAUAUAUAACGACAAUUACUUUGGAAAAAAACCCAGAAAGAUACUAACUACAAAUAUGAAAUGGUGUUUAAGUGAUUCUUGAAGUCCUAAUAAAUGUAAUUACAUGAACAUAAUUAUUUUAGAUAUUUUUUAAAUAUUUUUUACCAUAAAAUACGGUUACAUUUUGGAAGGGGAAGGGACUUUAGUCCGAAAGACCUUUCUCCCUCCCUCAUAGAUGCAUCUGUGACAAGACCUGAUGCUGUCGUCAGCAUUGAACCUCUGGUACCGCUGAACCUUUUAAUUUAUUUCAAAAGUUAUGCGUUAUAGUCCUCUACAAAUGAGAAUAAUUGAGAUCCUGUUAUGAUCUGGCUCAUUGAGUUUGUUGUUCACAUUUUUGAAUAUAAAAACAAAAAUUACAAUAGUUGGAAAUAAAAAUGAUAUAUGUCAAAACGAUUGAAUAAUAAUUUUAAAAAUGAUUUCCGACUGUGCCCUCUAUUGCACCCAGAGCUAAAUAUUGAAUUUACAUUUUACGCAAUCAAAUAUUUAUACAGUUAAGCUGAAUUGGCUGAUUUUUUUCAUUAAACUUAAUAUUCAAAGUUACCAAAGUUUAGUUGAAUUGUCAUUUUGAUUUAUAUUUUUAUCUUUUAAUUUUAAUUCAUUUUUUGCUUAGAAAAUUUCUUUAUAUGUAUAUACAAUUCUUUGAUUAGACUUAAAUAUAUCAUAUAUCUAUGUCUUUAUUAUUUUUAAUGUAUUGCACUACUAGUAUAAAUAAUAAAAAGUAAUAAUAAUGGGUAGUUGGGUUGAGUGAUGAACCAAUAGGGAAGGCGAAUAAAUACUAUAUUAUAAAUGAGGUAAAUGCACCAGUAAUUGACAUGCUUAAGGAAAUUUCCUUGAAUUUUUACGUGUAAAAACUUAAAUAUUGAUGUUAUUAUAUUUUUGAUGGAUUCAUCUUAUAGAACUAUUUCUCAUCUUACCAAGACAUAUUUCAAAUCAUUAAAACAUUUACCUAAAUUUAAAAAAGAUUGAAAAUUAAUAAAAUAGUUUUGUUGUGCCAGUAGCUGACUCUGUUUGAUUUGAAAUAUUGCUAUAGCUGACGGAGAUGAGAAAAAGGAUGCAAUAAGGGAAAUUUCAUAUUCUUCACUUUAAGAAUAAUAAAAAUUAAUUUUGACUUAUUAUAAAACUAACUGCUUGCAUUUUCCGGCUUAAAUUUAUCAAUAAAUUUUGGUCACUGUCAAGUCAAUAGGAAAACCUAUUUUUGCUUUAUAUUUAAUCCAAAUUAUUAGCAAUUUUUUUUUUCUAACGUGACAGUAGCGACAUGUCUUAUUUUUAAGAACCAUUAUAUUGACAAGACUAAAGCCAAGCUAAUAAGAAUACAUUGAAAAAAUAUAUAAACUGAAAAUAUAUGAAAUAGAGGUCUAGGAUGUCCUGAAAUUUUAUUAUUCCCAUUUUUCGAGGAGGGAGUCAGGUAUUGGUACACUAUCAGCUAUUGGUGCUUUUAUCGUAAUGUAGUACUUAUUUAUAUUUAAAUUAUUUAUGUUUAUGUAUUUAUUGGUUCAUUGAUGAAUAAAUACCACAAUAUGUAACCAUCUUCACCUUGCAGGCUAAAUGAUUAGGCUCAUUUCAUCAAUGGUAAAAAAAAACAAAAAAAAACCCUAAAUAUUCAUAAUAGUAAAUAUCCAUACAACUUAAAAAAUAAAAUAAAAAGGCAAAUAUUGUAAUAAAUUAAAUAUAAAGCAAAAUCUUUUUAUUGCAGUGAUAAGAAUAAUGGGAAAAAUGAUUCAUCAAGGUUGGCAACAUUGAUACAGAUAAGAAGUGCUUUUUCAUCACUCUUCAACAAGUUUUUCAAUCAUUUAUUAAUUUAUUUUAUUCUUUGUCAGGAAUUAUUGUACUAUUAUUUUGCAAUGUUAUGCCGCUGCUAUAUAACCGUUGAUAAUUUGAAACGUCUGCCAUGCUUGUCGGUUACUGAUUAGAUUAGAAUUGUUCUUGCGUUCAUAUUUUACUACAAACUAAUUAUUUGAUUGUAUUUGAAACCAUGGUGAAAGUUGCUUUACUGAUAUCAUGCACCUUAGAAAACAUUAACCAGUUAUCUACAUCAGGUCCUGAUUUCCAAUGGAAUCUCAAGGAUGGGUGGGUAGCGAAGUGCGAUGAAACUGGUUCUGUCUUUUCUGAAGUUGAGUUUGGUGAAGAUGGUAUGUGGGCUGGUUACGAUGAGAAAGGAAAAUUUCCAGUAAGUAUUGAUGAAUUUAAAGGUGAAUUUGUGAGAGCAUAAAAAAAAGAGAAUAAGAAUUUUUUGAAAAUUGUAUAUAAUUAAUGUAAAUACAAAAAUACAUUUUUUUUAUUCUA